UGAGACGGCACGAGCAAGGAAGAGAAGCUCGAUGUGAAGCAGCCAGCCAGACGGACAGGGGAAUGAAGGCGGGCCCCGCCCGUCCCGGCAACAAGAUCCCCUCGCCCGCACGCCCGCCCGCACUGCUCCGCUCCACUCCACUCCACUCCACUCCACUCCUCCCCGAUCGAUCGGUCCGUCGAAUCAAAUCACACGCCUAGCCUAGCUCGCCUCCCCUGCACCAUCAUUGCCGCGCCGCCCGCUGCUCUGCCUCUGCUCCGCUCCGCUCAGCCGAGUGCGCAGAUCGAUCGGCGAUGGACAUGAGGUGGGCGCCGAGGCGGCCGGCCGACCAGCCGUCCUUCUCCUCCACGCUGCUCGACGCGAUAUGCGACUCCAUGGACGGCCCCGAGGCGAGAAGCGCCACGGCGGCGAGGUCGGCGUCGGCGGCGGCGACACGGGCGGCGGCUGCGGCCAAGAAGCAGGAGGAGGCCGCCCUGCAUUACUACUACUACUACAAGCCGGCCUUGGCCGCCAGCCACCGGGCGCGCGGCGAGGCGCCGACGCAGGGCGCCGCGGCCGCGGACUGCUCCGGCCGAGGCUACUUUUCCUCGUCCGAGGUGGAGUGCUCCCUCGGCCGCCUCAACCGCAUCCGCACGUCCGGCGGCGCGGCGCCGAGGCAGAGGCAACAGCAGCAGCAGCAGCGUCCCGCUCCGGAGAAGUCGGCGAGGACGAAGAAGCCGACGGCCGCCGCCCGCGGCUGCAGCAGGCCGGCGUCCCCCGGCGCGCGGCUCGCCAGCCUGCUCAACUCCAUCUUCGCCGGGAAGCGCCAUUCGGCUCAGCGGACGGCCCCGGCGGACCAGGAGCCCGUGUGCUCCACAGCGCCGUCGUACGCGCGGUCCUGCCUGUCCAAGACGCCGCCGCCGUCUGCGGCGCGGGCGAGCCGGAGCCGGAGUACCCGGACCGUGAGGUUCCUGGACAUUGACGGUGAGCUGGCCGUGGCCGCCGCGGCAGUGGGACGCUGCCGCCGAAUUCCCGUGGUGGAGGUGGAGGAGGAGCUGCUCCGGCCGGCGGACGUGGAGGCGCGCAUCGACGGUGGCGAGAAGAGCAGCGACGCGAGCUCCGACCUGUUCGAGCUCGAGAGUCUCGCGGCCACGGCUUCGGAGAGCGGCCGGUGGGAUCGCGACGGGUCGUACGGUAAUGAGCUGCCGGUGUACGGGACCACCGGAGUUGGCCUCCACCGUGGGAUCGGCCAUCCCCGCACGUACGAGUAUGGACCGUAUGGUCUUGGUCGAAGUUGUAGAAAGCUUGUUUGAUUUCGAAUAAGUAUAAGUAGAGGGUGCUCAGUGUUAAAUAGUCUAUAACUGUUUCCUAAUAUAGUUUUUGCUGUUAGUUUCAGAUAUUGUGUUGUAGGUGUUUUGUACAGCUAAUUAGUCGCUACACUUUGCACCUGUGUAACUCCAUGUGGCAUAUAAUUGUUUCUUAUUAGUUUUUGCUAUUAA